AAUGGCAACCCACUCCAGUACUGGAAUUGCCUGGAAAAUCCCACGGAUGGAGAAGCCUGGUAGGGCACAGUCCAUGGGAUCGCAGAGUCGAACAUGACUGAGCAAUUUCACUGGUUCACUAGUCCCAUAAACAACAGAUGUUCGCUGAAUGGACGAAUGAUUAAACAAUAAAUCGCGACACUCCACGACAAGCGUACUUGGGAGAGGGGUCUGUAUGUAGAGGACGACACACUUUCCCUGCGAUGAUCUGUACGGGGCACGAACUCGGGAUCGUGAGCCUGGCCCAGAGGCCAUAAGAUUCCACAACGCCAGGCUUCCUACGCAGGUAUUUGACAGCGCCGGGGAAACCUAGAGACACGUUCUGAGCAUGCGUCGCCAUUUUGAGCUAUCUGCCACGCCCACCCGUUGACUCUAAGCUUCCAUUGGCUGCCCCGCUGAAGGCCCGCCUUCUUGAGGGAAAAGGACAUUCUGUGGGUCUAAAUAACCUUCCGUAACCAAUCACAAGCAGCGAUCUAAAGGUUUGUCCAAUGACAUCGGGCUUGGGUCAAGGCCCGCGGAGUUUAAUUUUCGUCCUGGGACGCGGAAGUAGCGGUCUUGUCUAAGUCGCAGGCUGAGUGUCGCACUGGAGGAAGGCCGAGUCUUCAUCCCGGUUACCCCGCCUGGGUGAGGGGCUUCAGGGACAAUUCCUGGGCCAGUGGAGGUGUUUCCGCCCGUGGCAGACAAGCCGGGGCGCGAGUGCGGGCACGUGUGGACCUCUAAGCGCUCCUGAAUCGGGACGAGAGCACGCCUGGCCUCGUCCUCUGCGGAUUCCGCCGCGAGGUUCCUUAAUGACUGCAGCUUAAAGUUCCCGCGGUUGCCAGGAGGCUGGGCUUCGGAGGAAGGUGAGCCAGGCGACGGCGCUCACCGAGCGGAGAGACCCCGAGGCGGCUUGGGGCCAAAGGGAGUGACGUAUCAAGAAACAAUGUUUCUUUGAAUUUGCUUCUGUAUUUGCCUCAUCAAUGUCAUUCAUAUUGAGUAUCUUACGAGAGAUGCUGGAAUAUUUUGGUGUUCCCAUAAACCAGGUUUUACACAUUUGGGAAAACAAAGACUAUGGAUCAGCUCGGAGUAUUGUUCGUAUCAUUGGGAAAUUUCUUCCUUUAGAACCUUGUCCCAGGCCUAAUUUUGAGCUGGUUCCGCUCUUGAACUCUAUGGACCCGGCUAACUGUGGAUCUGUAGUUCCGUCUUUUGCUGACGUUUGGUGUGUGGCACAUGAUGAGGAAGCCAGUUAUCUCAGAUUUCGAAAUACUACAUGGAAAAAUGAAGAAGAGGAGAAAAUUGCAUCUUUUCAUCCUUUGCAACUAGUUGAAGGUCCAUUGACACCUGCUUUAAGGCAUAACAAACCAAGAGAAAAUGAUUGGCCUGAAAGUGAAACUGCAAUUAAAAAGAUAGCUGCCCUUGAAGAUGAGCUAGCUUUUCUUCGCUCUCAGAUUGCCACAAUUGUGGGACGGCAAGAACUGGGGAACAGUACAAAAGCUGGUUUCUUGGACUUGAAUGACAGGCCUAGUGGUUUUGGACAAAAGCCAUCAUCAGGGGCUACUCAACUCAAUGUCAAAGAAGAUUCGUUUUCAAGUUCAGUGCUUCCUUCUUCUCUUCCUCCACCACCGCCUCCUCAGAUUUCUUCUGUACAGCCUCCAUGUUCUUCUCUCAAGAAAAUAGCAUCUAAUAAUAUUUGUGCAUCAGAUAAUUCAACAACUGAAGUGAAAAAUCUGCAACCAGAUGCUAGGAAGACCAAUUAUAGUCAUCAUUCAAAACACCAGAAAAAUGAAGAUAUUCCAAACAUGUUGGAUGUUCUAAAGGAUAUGAAUAAGGUUAAACUACGUGCUAUUGAAAGGUCUCCUGGAGGCAGACCCAUUCAUAAAAGGAAAAGAGAAGACUCACCUUGGGAUCCAGUGUCUCUAAUAUCCCAUGCACUUAAGCAGAAAUUUGCAUUCCAAGAAGAAGAUUCCUUUGAGAAAGAAGAUAAUUGUUGGGAGUCUUCUCCAUUUUCUAGUCCAGAAACUUCAAGGGUGCGCUUAUAAUUUUGGACCCCCGUCUCUCAAGUCAGAAGUAUGUUGAACUGAAGGAAGAACCUACAAACCCAGCAGGUGUAGACCAAGCCAUGAGCAACAGGGGCUGUGUCUACCCCUCGAAGGCAGGCCUGCAGAAGUAUACCGACAAGCCUCUCCCUGCCUGUGAAAGGAUUGCGACUCCUGUUAAUGAAUUUAAAUGUAGUCCGUACACUGGGGUAUGUUAUGCAAAGGUCAGAAGGAUGCUGACCUGUGUCUGGUUUUUAUAAGAUCCAACAGUUAACGGGCUACUGAUGAUAGUCAGGUAUAUGGAUCUUUUUCAUUUUUUCCCACAUAUGUUAAGUUUAUUAAAGCUGAAUAAAUACUUUGAAUGAUUUUCCUAAGAGCUAAAUAGUAAACGAUUUAAUGUUUCUCAUUUGAGAACGGUAAGACUUCAUUAUAAGGUAACAGAAAACAUUUAGUGGAUUAAGAAAGUAAUGCAAACUAAGUCUGUAUUGUACUACACAGCCGAUGACGGUACAUUUGGAUUUUUAAAAAAGAUUUCUUAAAUCAGUUAUGACUUGCUUAUUUAAGCGUCUUUGACUCUUUUAAAGAUUGGUAGUGAUGUGGUCUACCUGGCCUCCAACAACUUGGAGAUUUUCAAAGAAUAUAAACUUAUAAUUUUUUCACUAAGAGAGUCAUACUUUGGAUCAUAGAUUGAACCCUCCAAAACACUUGAGGUGAUAAAGAAUUAUUCUUAGAAGCUGAUUUUGAUUGUUAAAUGCUCAACUGUAGAAGUAUUUAAAGAAUCUUCCUGAUAAGUUUUGCCUACACUUGCUAUGUAAAUAUGUACACCUGUCAUUUUAUUUCCUUUGUUCUUUAUUGUGCUCUGUUCCUUUGUAAGUAAAUACACCUUUUUGAACUU